AUGAAGCCGAGUCGAAAGCCUGCCGCGUCCAAGUCGACAGCGAAGAGCGGCCCAAUAUGGAACUUCUCGGACAAUGUGACUGAUCUAUUUAGUGGGAAACUCUUCCAGAAAAUUGAGGUGGAUGAAAUGCUCACACCGGACCAACUGGAAGAGUAUAGGUUGCGUAGGAUGUCGACAAUGAAUUCAGAAAAAUCGGUCAAGACAACCCAGACUACACAGUCCACUCAAUCGACUCAACCGACCCAACCGACCCAGUCAACCCAGUCAACCCAGUCCGAGAAAUUAAUCGAGACGAUUGACACUGAGUCGACCGACACACCGAUUGAGCCCUUUCACCUUGAAGAUCUAUCUUCCAGAAUUGGAUCGGCCGGUAUGUCACUCGACCUUGACACACCAACUGAAGAAAAACAUAUGUUAUUACCAUUUAAGCCUGUUGCCUGGAGGGACUUUUCUACAGAGGGACGCAAUGAAUAUGGCCCAAUCGAGCUUCCGGCAUCGACCUCAACAACGGCAUUACAGACGGAUAUAGGAGAAGAACCGGCGCAAAACAAAAAUGCCACUUUCCAAACGCCACCAAUGAGACAAGCUGCACGAUUUGCUGCGAGAAGCCAGAAGGCAUCACUGCCUAGUAUCCCAGAAACGGCGGCCAUCUUAACACCCACAAAUGAAUUGUUUGUCGGCCACGAUCUCAGAUAUUCCCGAGAUAUGGUCGCGGAUUCAAAUUACGUUUUCCUUCAAUCAUCACCGUGUUCCAUGACCAGCCCAAUUUUCCGACACGGCCCGAUCCGACUAGCCAAGUCUGAUCUAAUAGCGGAUGUUAAAAUCGGAGCGGAUGAUGGUCUAGACUGGACAGCAUUCCAGAUGGCUAUUUCCGGGGGUGCCGGAGACUGGUUCUCCGAAAGCGACGACACAAUUCGCCGUAGAGAGGCGGAAGAGGCAGCAGAAAUCGUGGAAUGGUUUGGCUCAUGGAAGUUCAGCAGCCCCGGAGAACUCCUAGACCACCCUAUUGAAGCCGAUAGCCCUAUGAGCAUGACUUCAGGUGAGGAUUGCUCGGAAGUAUCAUACAACGAUACCGAGAAGGAUAGCAACCCAUACAACCAGCAUUACCACUGGCAGACCCCCGGGCAGAAGACAGUACCUGAAAUCCAUCAGCCCGACUACGAUAUAUCCGGGCUUGAGCUAGAUACUUCAAGGAUGAGUCUAGACGAUGAGAUAUUUGAUCAAUCCAAGGAAUAUAAUAGCCGAGAGAGCUAUGCUAGUCUUCCACAGAGCCCGAUGUUGGACCUCCGAGUUAUUCGAAGCCCGGACGGAGACGAUAUGGAUGUUGUCCCGAUGGGAUAUAACCUUGGACACGACCUGGGAGAUUUCCUUAAGUGGGAGGCGGAACAUGCGUACGCCGGGGACUUUUACUGA